CACACUUGGGGAAAUUCCCAAUGUCACCUAUCAAUCCAUCACCACCAAAUACCACCCAGGAGAGGCGGGGAAAGGAGUUUACCACAUGGUCACUGGGUGUGAGCAACUGUUCCCUGCCCCUGUGGCUUCUCACUUGUGUCUCCCACCAUGGCCUGGAAAACUCCACCUGGUCUCAAAAUAAAAGCCCUCGGCAUUGCAGGAAGGCACAGUGGUGAGUUUGUAGCUUCACCAGACUCAUCAAGGCUGCUCCAGGAAGGCCCGAGCCAGACCACCAGACAUGCAGAUCAUCGCCAUGGCCCUGGUGUGCCUGCUGCUAGCUGGGAUGUGGCCACAAGAUGUGGACGGCAAGAGCAUGCAUGUGUCCUUCGCCAGCUGUUGCUUCUCAUUUAUGAGGAAACAGAUUUCCCUGGGGGCAAUCCAGUGUCACAGAAACACCAGCUCCAGCUGCCCCCAUGAUGGUUUCAUAUUCAAGCUGAAGGGAGGCAAGGAAGCCUGUGCCUUGAAGACGGACAAAUGGGCUCAGAAGUACAUAAAAAAGCUGAGCUACUGCCCGCCAAAAAGAAAACAAGCAGAUUUCUUUUUAUCAUGAGCUCUGGAAAUCACAUGGCUUCACUUGUCCCUGAAACCCCCAGCCCUGCAUCGUUCCUUCAGCCCCACGUUUGCUGGGACAUGGAGGAUCAGCUUGGUCUUCAUAAGCUAUGUUGUCACACUUUAUACAUUUAAAUUAUAGAGUCAUCAACUCCCGCCCCUCUGUGUCUCUUGGAUUUCAGCGUGAAAACUUGAUGGGCAUUGAGAGGUGGUGGCCAUGGAGCUGAAGGAUGGGGAAGGAGGAGGGAGGCAUAUUGCACCUGGUGCCAGGGGAACUGAGCUAAAUUAGCGACUCUCUACCUCUCAGUGGCUGCCUUUGUCCUGGGGGGUAAACUUUGACUGGGAGUGGUGGUGCAGUGGAAGAGAAAGCUGGGGUUCACAGCUGGGCCACAUUUGGGUGCAGGACUCUCCUUCUUCCUGCCCUGCCCAGAGGGCUCAGGGGGUGAUGUUAUAACUAAAUCACAGCUGCCCUAUCUGAAGGGGAUCAUGUGAGGUUCUCUGCCUGUGAGGUGACUGAGGGCUAAAGAGAGAUGCAGCAAGUUGGGGUGGGGGGGUGGCAGAUCUGGUGAUAGAACCCAGGGCUGUUGCCUCCCAGGACAACUCCUGGUGUCCUAAAUUGCCAAGUGUACUGCCUGAUGCAGUGUGGUACAAGAUCUAGGGAACAGGCCCUGCUGUUGUCAGCAGUGCCGAUCUCUCCUUGGGUGUCCAGGCAUGGGUGGGUUCCAGGUCUGAUUGAAAUGCCCACCCAGCUUAUCUGGAGGAGUGAGGCUGUCUUGGGAAGAGCAAGAGAACCCUCGGUGGAAGAGGAGGCCCUGGUGCUUUAAAGGGACAAUCACAAGCUCCAAUUUGUACAAAGUGUGAUUCAAAGAGAAUAGCCAGGGAAAGAUGUACUUCUAGGUUUUGGAGUUGGCAUGCCUCUAAAGGUCACUUUUAGAGGGCGAAGGUCUCAUGCUGUGUUUCCCUUUCCCCAUUCAACAUGUCACACAUCUGGCCCAGUCUUCUUAAUCUGCCUCCUCCCCUCUACCACCAUGACUGCCCUUCAUCACCCGCUAUUUCCUCUUGCUUAGACAAUUGCAGUAGGCUGUCUUCAGCCUUCCCUUCCCAACUCCAUCUCAUUCACAGCCACUGGCUACUCUUCCUGGCACCCACCAUUCCCUCUGGAUGACUCAAAAACCUCACACCUUCCUCUUGCAUUCAGAACUGAGUCUAAACCCCCCACUCUGAUAUUCUAAUUCCUCUAGAACCUGUCCUCAACUUUCCUUUCUACAUGUCUCCAACUUUUACACCAUGGAACUCUGAAUCAGAUCAUUUUGGGGAUAUUUCCCCCCCCAAGACCCUCUCCCGACAUUACCAUCUUGCACCUCCCCUGGAAGAAUCUUUGCUAUGACACUUGCCCAUCCUCUAAGGUCUGUUCUGCCAAAGUCCCCUCUUCCCUGCUGAUCCUGGGGCUCACUAGGACUUGGUCAUCUGGUUUCCCUCUGGGAGUCAGGGGCAUGUGAAGUCAGAAUCACUUGCUUGCACUGGGAAGGCAUGGAUUGGGACAGGAGACUAGAAGGGGAGGAAGGGGUUUACUUUGGGCAGGAGUGUGGUUUUAAAUGAAGAAAUGAACUAAAUAUGAGACUGAUGAGUUGUGAGCCAGGAGUGCUCAUGUUGGGCACUGGAGCCCUUGUUCCAGAACAGCCUGGGCUGGUGAGGCAGGCCCUCCUUGAACUCAGAUGAGCCAGGCUAGCCCCAUGGCCAGGGUCUCUACACUUGCCUUCUAUUCGCCCCCUCUGAGAGUGCUUGCUGAUUGGAAAUUACCCCUGAAGAAAACAUCACUGUGUAAGAGA